AUGCUGUACCGUAUCACGUGCUUACUACUCACGCUCUUCUGUUUUUUACCACAACAAAUUACAGCUAAGGUAAAAUGCCCGCCUUUUUCGAAUGGCCAUAUCUUGGAGUGCGCCUUUGAGUGCUGUCCCUCGUUUGAAGGAGCGGAUCAGGGAUAUUACUGUUGCGGUCCGGAGGAGCGAGCGUUGAUCGACAAAGGAGUCGAGCAUAAUCGGGCAGAGCGAUUUGUCGCCUACGGAAGUACGUUCCAAAUCGAUUACACUCUUCUUAUAAUAGGAUUAAUUGUUUCGAUUGUGCUAUCUAUUCUUCUGUCCUUCUUCUGUUGUCUCCUAUGUAACGGUUGUUGGUUACAUCGUCGACGUAAUCCGCAAAUGUACGAAAGUGUCCACGAGAGCGGAUGGUAUCCACUUUGUUGCGGAUUUGGGAUCCCAAUGGGGACGGUUGUGUUCUCCACGCAUCCACCACAGUAUCGGGACGAUAGCGAAAUGUAUCACGGAUCGUCCACGUCGAGUUUGCCAUCGUCAAAGCAGAGAGUGCGUUUUAAUCCAGAUGGUACUCCACGAGGAGUUCUUAAGAACGGCCACGAGAAUUACUGA